UGCAGUCGCUACUGUAUGGCAGAUUGAGUUUCUCAGCAGAAAACUCUCUCCCUCCCUCCCAAACGUCUUCAAAAACCUUCUCCAGAUACUGCGGGUCACUUCGGCUCAAACAGGGAGAGAAAGGGGAGAAAAAAAAGGCUUUUCCUCUCUCCUCCCUCUCUCUUCCUCCCGCCGGAUCUCUCCGGGGUGCGGGGGGCCGUGACCGGGCCCUUGUGCACCCGGGGCGCUGAGGCGUCCCCUCUCACCCUGGUCCUGCUGGGAGCCCGCCGCCGAGCACGGGGACCGCCGUCCAGCACCCUGCUGUGGGAGCCUGGCAGAAAUGAAGAUGGUCUCAGUGCUGCUGCUGCUGCUGAGCACCCUCCAGGGCAUCCCUGCAGUGCCUUCCCAGCGCCCUGCCUGUUACAAGAGGCCCCUCGAGGGGCACAGCUGCCACAGCAUCCCCGGGAGCAGCCACGGCAUCCCCGGGAGCAGCCACGGCAUCCCCGGGAGCAGCCACGGCCUCCGGCACGUCCCGGGUGGGCUGCAGGACCACUUCUGGGAAGGGAAGGGCUGUGAGGUCAUCUGCUACUGCAACCUCAACCAAUUGCUCUGCUGCCCAAAGGAUAUUUUCUUUGGAACAAAGAUAUCGUUUGUGAUCCCCUGCAACCGUCAGUGAAUCAAGUCUGCAAGUGAAGAUAACAAACAUUCUACAAUCAUGUAAUAAUGUUUUCAGAGGGAAAAACAAAACUAUCACCACAAAAAAACCCUUCCUUUCUAACCACAAGUCACUGCCUCACUUUACACUGUAGAAAGAACUUCCUUUCUCUACCUUUAUGGAAUAUCAAAUAUGUAAGAAGUUUUCUUUUCAAAUCUGGUAGCUAAUUUCCAUAAAGCCAUUUCCAUGGUUUAACAGACUGUAUAAGCUCUUAAUGUAUCCUAAUAUGCAUUCCCCAGCAAAAAGCAUAACUCUACUUACUCAGCACACUUGUUUGGACAAAGAAACUUCAAGCCUAAGCCUCCAUGUUGUUAGGAACAUGACUCUCAGAGCAACUCAUGGCAGUGCAGCUUCCUAUUCCAUUAUUGCCAUCACACUUUUAAUGCCAUUUUAAGCUGAAGCCACUCAGUCCCUGGCACUUCUGAAGAGAGGCUCCCGUGUUCUGUUUAGGCAUUUUAGAAUAUAUGCACAUACAAAAGGUGUGCAUUUCCAUAUUUGAAAGUAUUUCACUGGAAUAAAAAUAAUAGUAAAAAUUUACAUUAAUAGUACUAAAGUACACUUAUGUCUAACGUGCCUUGACUAUACAAUCUCUAAACCUUUAAAUUGCUUAAUCUUAGCAUUCAAUAUUUAAAAAUAUUAGAACAACAGAUUUUUAAAUCAAGCUCUAUUUGAAAUACAGUACUGCAAAAUUAAUUUAAAAUGCUGUCUUUUUUAGGCUAUAGCCUAUUUUAGGCAAUAGCUACAGAAAACACAGAGAUAAUCAUCUGAAUAUUCAAGAGGUAUUGAGAUCUGAGACAGACACAAAAAGACAUAAAUUUUUGACAUUUGACAUUUUUUGUUAUAUGGCAAUCUGUAUUGGCAGGUGUUGAGAGGUGACCACAAAAUUUUAAGUCAGUCACAUGGAAAGUGUGCAGUACUGAAGGAGCUGUGCAAUCUUCUCAAAAAAAUGCAUUGUUCACUUAGUAAUCCAAACUGAUACCACCAGUUCACCACACGUGCCUCAUGUGUCAGUAUGAAAUAUUACCAU